GCCAAUGCACGUGAGUCGCGCGCGCACUUUCGUCUGUUUUCGCGCUACGAAUAACGUCGUUCGAUUUUUAAAUGUCGCAUGUUAGGAAACAGGGAAAUACAAAAUGUCAAAUGAAAUAUAUAUUUUUUAAUUAUAAAAAUACGUCAGUAUGUUCGAUCUUGGUGACAUGUGAAUUUAAAAUUAGAUUGAUCGAUAGUGUAUAACGAAUAUUGUGUUCUUUACGACUUUGUUGCGGUUUCGUUGGUUUGUUAAUUUGAUGAUAUAGUGUAUCGAAGAAUACGAGUUGUGUCGUGUAGUGAUGCGCUAAUUGGAUUUUUCGGUGUUAAUUACUACCCGAACAGACAGGCGGUGAUAUAGGGCGUUACCACAUGUCCCCCAAAAAUGAUUCCGAUGAUAGUGCGAGUGUGGUGCGAGAGCGGCGCGGGUUGGUCUCCAACACCGGUGCCCGUCACACCACACACGACCAGUCGAGAUGUUCUCGAUUGCUGUCGAGAUCCUGGCGACGAGCCUUGCCUGCUGUUGAGUGUACAUCCACACCAUGGAGUUCACGUUCUCCGAGAUAGCGAAUUGCCGCUAGAAUUAGCCUCAGCCCUGGGCCCUGAUGUUCAAUUCGUCCUCAAAUACGUUGAUCCUGAGACGGGGAGCACGGAUAAGAGCAAUGGUAUGAAGGAACCGGGAUCUCCCGAGGAAUUGUUGGGGGAAGGGGUGGAGCUGACGCUGGGUGAACUUCGGGCGAUGGCGCUCCGACAGCAGCAGCAAAUUGACACCCAGCAUCAACUGCUUUGCGCUAAGGAGCAGAGGCUCCGGUAUUUGAAGCAGCAGGAGGCCCGGCAGCAUCAGGUGGCGGUAGAAGGCGAGCGGUUGCGAAGGCUGCGCGAGCGCGUCGAGGCGCAAGAACAGAAACUACGGAGGUUAAGGGCGUUGAGAGGCCAACUUGACAGAAACAAACAAGCGAAUAUCGCUCUUACCAGUGACCUCGAGUCAAUACGAGCGUUGUUUAAUGAAAAAGAAAAAGAGCUGUCAGUGGCUGUGGCGAAGGUUGAAGAGUUGACGAGGCAGUUAGAAGAACUAAGGCGAGGCAGAGUACAGCCGGCUCCACCUUCAGCUCAUGAGUUGGAUAAAUUAAGGCGGGAAUUAAUGUACCGGAACAAACUUAAUGAGCAGCAAAAUGGUCGACUAUCAGCACAACGAGCAGCGCUUGGUGCUCGACAAGAAGAAAUGCGUAGUAUAGAUCGACGAGUUUCAGAACUACAAGCCAGAUUACUUCGGAAACGAGCACUCAAUAGACAGCUAGCAGCCGCACAUAGACAACCGCAACCAAGAACGAACAAUCCCACGCCGAUGCAACAGCUACCAAAUUACCCAGCUGGUAACAACGCAGUUAGCCAACCAAAGAAUCAACAGGCACGUGGCAACGUAGCGGCUGUGGAGCCUUACAACCACGUGCCACAUGCCCAAAGCCUUCACAACAAUAAUUUCCAAGCCAUGAAACAAAAUGUUUUACAAAACAACGUGCCAUUAAAACAGCUGACUCAAAGCGAUAACAUACAAAGUCACUUAACGCAACAGGAAGCUCAUUUCUUGCAGCAGAAACAAAUGAUGAAUCCUUUAUAUAACGGUAACUUCCCUCACAUGCCGACUGUUCAAGAUAAUCAAUAUCAACAACAAUAUACGAACAAACACGAUGCCAACGCUUUUUCUCACGUUCAGCAAGGUAUAACCAAUGCCUAUGAUCAGAAAUCAAUGUUUGAUCACAUAAACAAAUAUUCCGAAUAUCCUAAGCAACCCCAAUACAGUCCGAAUAGUACAAGCAGUUCUAAUAGCAAUCAAACGAGUAAAGAGCAAAAAAUUAAUGAACAGGAAUUUCCACCAGAGUUCGCGGCAAGUAAAUCCGAUCCUAAAUAUCAAACAUUGCCAUACAACACUAAAUUUCCGCAGAACACAAAUGGAAAAUUAAAACAAACCGAUUUGAAUGGGAAAGGAAGUGAACAGGAUUUAAAAAAUCAAAAUGCUUCAAAUAUUAACCAUAUGACGGUACACUCAACGCCACUAUCGGUUGUUAAUAAAAGUUUGGCGACGCCCUUAAGUCAAAACGAAGCAACAUAUCAACAAGAACUUACAUAUCAAUUGCAAAAGUCGGAUUCAUCUAGUAGAUGUAAUCAGGAAGGAAAAGAAAAUCAUGCAUAUCCGCAGAAUUCUAGGUUAAGUCAAAAUAGCGAUGGGUCCAGAAACAACGGAGGGAAGAAUCAACAGGGCAAUGCCGUCAAAGGCAGCUCACCAAGCCUGCUUUCGAAUACAACUUCUGCUGGCAGUUCAAUAGGAUUUGGGAAACCCGUAUCGAGUGUAGCACCUACAUCGGUUCAGGUAUCGAGUGGCAAACCAUCACCCAUUUAUCAGACAUCCUCAACAAAGAUCCAACCAGUUCAGCCACAAACUGUCCAGACCCAAAGCAUAUCUGUAUCUUCAUCGAAUCAUGUAACUAGUAACAUGGUAAAUUCCCAACCCCAGAUUGUUAGAAACACCGCAUCAGGAUUAUCAACUAGCACCCCGAGCUCAAACUUCAGUGGCCAGAAUGCAUCAUCACAAAGCAUAUUGUUAUCUCCACCACAAAGUGCCAGUACUCCGUUAUCGACACCAGAUGUUAGUGGAAGUGACAAAUCGCCGAAACCAGCAUUACCACCAAAACCUACAAUAAAGACUCCACCGAGACAAUCAGUUAACCACGAUACAGGCUUCGGUCAGUCAACGGAGACAAUUAAUAUGCCCACAAUAUCUAUCCCUGACUCUUCAAAUGAGAGCGAAUUACAGCAAAAUUUUAAAGAAAAUAGUAAUGGGAGUAAUAACGAGAUGAUAAUUAAAGCACGCCCUUUGACCAUUAGGAAACCACCUCUUAGUGAACAACCGAAGCUUCGGAAUGUCAAUAACGCUAAAAAUGGUAUUAGUGUAAACAUGAAUCGGCGAAUAGAAAUGCCGCCGGCGUUUUUAUUCCCCGAAAUGGAUCAUUUAACACUUGAUUCUGGGAAUGAAAUGCAAAAUGGUCAGAAGGAUAAAUCAAAAAUGAAAGAUGAAGUAGACAGAUCAAUCAAUAAUAACAUAUCUUUAAGUUCUAAUGAAAAACAGGACGACAGUAAAGAUAUCGUCGUUUCUGAUAUAACGGACCAAAUAAUUUCUGUAGAUUUGAACGGUCAAGAUUCUCAGAGAUCUGAGAAUGUAUUGAGACGGUCAAAGAAAGGGAAUUUAAAACAAGGAGGGAAAGCUCCACUAGCGAGGCGAGUAAGCUUCGAUCCUCUCGCGUUGCUUUUAGAUGCAAGCUUAGAAGGUGAAUUGGAACUCGUAAAAAAGACGGCCACUCAGGUACAAAAUGCAAGCGCUGCAAACGACGAGGGUAUAACAGCACUUCACAAUGCCAUUUGCGCUGGCCAUUUUGAGAUAGUCAAGUUCCUAGUAGAGUUAGGUUGUGAUGUGAAUGCACAGGAUUCAGACGGGUGGACUCCUCUACACUGUGCGGCUUCUUGCAACAACCUACCGAUGGUGCGAUUUCUUGUCGAUAAUGGCGCUUGCAUAUUUGCAACAACACUGUCAGAUCAUGAAACGGCAGCAGAAAAAUGUGAAGAAGAUGAGGAAGGUUUCGACGGUUGCUCUGAAUAUCUUUACAGCGUUCAAGAAAAACUCGGCAUUAUGAACAAUGGUCUAGUUUACGCUGUGUUCUCAUACUCGGCCUCGCGUAGCGAUGAGUUGUCCUUCGAGACGGGCGCGAGACUGCAAGUAUUGAGGAAGGGAGACGACAACGAGCGGGAGUGGUGGUGGUGUCGAGACGACUUGGGGAACGAGGGCUACGUGCCUAGGAACCUGCUUGGGUUAUAUCCGAGAGUAACCCCUCAGCAGGAGUAAGAAUGUAAUUCUACGGCUUAAAUUAUGAACUUAUCAAUUGUAAAUACAUUGGGUAAUUUUUAUUUUUUAUGUAUUUAUAUAACUGUAAUCUAAUAAUAAAUAUUGUAUACAAUUUUAACAGAAUAAAAUAUUUUGUAAAUAUUUAAAUAAGCGAUUAAAGUUCAAAACGAAUGAGAUUAUAUUGUACAUUUUAUAAAUACGCGAGUCAUCAUUUUAAUUCGUAAUGAAAUU